AUGGCCCCCUACGAAAAGGCUGAGGAAGAGUUCAAUGUGGAAUCAGCAGCGGCGAUCCUGCGAGACAUCGUGAACAUUCGAGCCGCUCCGUUGCUUCUGGAGACGGCACUCAUCGUCAUUUUCACCAUACAGACGACCCUUUUUGUGUACCAUCGAUGGUCUGUCUCAGAGGGAAAGCAACAAAUAGCACCGCACCGGCGUCGACGCCUCAAUGUCACACUCACUCUUUCAAUAUCCAUGUACUUCCUUGCUCUGGUUUACUGGCUACUCGAUAUAAUCAUCGCGCGGGAGGAGUUGCUCGCCUACCUGCCCGCUCGUCUAUCCCAGACGCAUGACGAAUCUGCAUACAGUACGCUAGACAAGAUGCUCGGGGUGCAUUGGUAUGUGCAAACUGUGCUUCAGAUACUCAUCUGGACUUCGAGCGAUGCCGUCGUAUUGUGGAGAGCGUAUGCGGUCCUUGGGAGGCCGCGCUGGCUUAGGAUCACGAUAGUCAUACUCUUCCUACUCGAGAUUGGGGUUUACAUGGAUUAUCUUGUCUUUUAUCUCUACGUGCUUCCGCACCCGCCUCCUUUCAUCCAGUCAAUUCGGGAGAUGACAGGCUCAAGAUACAUCAUCACUGCACCAUACUUGGCUGCAGCAUCAAGCACGUUGAUCACACAAGUCUUUGCUACGGCACUCAUCGCGUACAAGGCCUGGAGAGUUUGGAAGAGUCGCAAGGGACUAUUUCAAGGGCCUGGCAGGGUAUUCCGUGCCUUGGCAGUGCUGAUUGAGAGCGGUGUCGCAUACACAUUACUUUGGAUCUGGUAUACUAUUGCAACAAACGAUGGUAUCCUUGGCCCGAUCGUAACCGGAUGGACUGACUACUAUCUGAUGCCAUUAACGGCCAUGUAUCCCACUCUGGUAGUCAUGAUCGUCACUCUGCAAGACUCCGUAUUGGCCAAUGUCGAGGGGUCGCCCAGCGCAUCUACCACCCCAUUCCAUGCUGCAGAGCGCACCGAAGACCAGUCCGCGGAUGACACAAAAGGUGCUUAG